UCUUCUGCCUGGGUAAUUUCCAGUGAAAUCAUAGUCAGAAGAGUCCGCGUUCACUGACCCUUGAGUUUUGUGGGGGGAGGGUUCCACAUUUGUGAGUGUAAAAGACUGGUAAAGUCUCCCUUGCUCAUAAGGAGUUUGUUUAAACAAAGUUUAUGCUAUCCUGAUUUGGACUGUUUAGUGUGAGUAUUUCACUUGUGUGUUGAGGGCUGUGUUUAUGUGGCUGCACACUUUAUCUGGGUGCAUGCAGUGGUACUUGUCAGCACCAGCCCAAGAGCUGGACAGGCUGGAACUGGAAGGGCAGCUGCCAUCCACCCAGUUGGGCAAUUCUGUGUCAUCUCCUGCAGGGUGUUGUGAGAUGGAAAUUUGAAACCCUUGGCGGGGAGAGUGGGUUGGUUUUGUACAGCUUAGGUAUUUAUCACUCCUUGCUGCCCACACUGUACACCUUUCCUGUAACUCCAGUGAUACAGAGCUGUGCCAGAAAGAAAACAUGAAAAGAAAGAAAAAACAAACAAACAAAUGUGGUUGGCUGCUGUUGAGGCUUACUGACAGCAUACAGACCCAUGCAUGUGUGCACUCUCCACCUAAAGAAUUAAGGAAGGGCUGUGUCUUGUGCAGCCCCUGUAUAGACAGAUUUAAGUGGAACUAGUAUAAAAAGUCUUCAGGGGAAGUUGCUGUCUUGGCAAGAUCGUGAUGUUGAAGUGAUAAUCAAGUUCCUGGUAUCCUGUCCCUCCUGUCAUUUUUAUGCAGGAGCUGUGUAUCCCACCUUGUGCCAGUGCAGGUGACAGUCGCUACAGUUGCUGAGCAGGUAGGAGCCGCAGCAGAUUUCUUUCUCGAGAUCACCCUUUCUAGGGAGAUGAAUUUUUGGGAAGCUGUACAAGGAAAAGAUAGGGUCACUGAGACAGUUCUGGAGGAAACCAGAAUGCAGGGGAGCCGAGGGAAAUGAAGGAAACUAAUUUUAACAAAAGUGCAGUAACAUUUCCAGGAAGGGCGAGAGAGGAAGAAAUCAAAAGUGAAACUUCUGUGAAGUGAAGUAGUGCGAAAAGGGGUGGUCCUUCAAAGUGCUGAUUGAGAGAAGAAGCCAUUAUUUGUUUGUCACAGUGCAUAUCUCAGCAUGGUGGCUCUUUCAGAUUGCAACUGAAGUCUUGGUUCAGAUAAGACACAGAAGAAAUUAUGGAGGGAAAGAGAUGCUGAGACUUGGAAUGACAUGGAGACAAACAUUUUGGACCUGAAGUUGAAAGAGUUCUUGUGCUGUUCCCCUGUGCUGUUCCCAGCCUUCGGAUGAUAACACAAUUCCUGCCAGUGAAACAAGGUUUUCUGAUCUGUUACUUGAGUGAGCCUUUUGGAAGGAAUUCGUACACCUCAUUCUGUCAAAGGAUCCAAACCCUGAUGUGAAAUGAGUAGAGACUUCUUCAAGCUGCUUUUUGAAAUUUCCGAGGCUUUGGUCACAGAGGAAGUGGCAGCUCUUAAAUUCCUCAGCCUGGAGCAUGUCCCCAGGAGGAAGCUGGAAGCCAUCCAGGAGCCCAAGGCCUUCUUUGAAGUGCUGCAGGAGAAAGACAUGAUUGGGGUGGGGAAUCUGUCCUUCCUGAAGGAGCUGCUCUACCAGAUCAGUCGGAUCGACCUCCUGACUGCCUACCUGGGCUCCAGCAGGGAGGAGAUGGAGAGGGACCUGCAGGUCCCAGGCAGGGCACAGGUGUCGGCUUACAGGCAACUGCUGUAUAGAAUUGCAGAGGACUUGACUCCAGAAGACGUUGCAAGUGUGAAGUUCCUGCUCCAAAAACUAUUACCAAAGAACAAGCUCCAGGAAAACGCUUCAAUGUUGCAGGUCUUUCUGGAAAUGGAAAUAAAUGGGAUAAUUAAAGAAGAUGAUCUGACAAUUCUGAAAGAUCUGUUCCAGAGCGUUAGAGCUGACAUAAAGAAAAAAAUCGAUGCCUAUGAAGAAAAAAAAAAAGAAAAUUAUUCUAGGGAAGAAGUCCGCUAUCCUGUGUCUGUGUCUGGGCAUCCAGAGGAACAAGGAGCAGAGGGGGAGGCAGCAAAACAGCAUGGGAAGAUUUAUACGAUGAAAAAUAACCCCCAUGGUUACUGUUUAAUUCUUAACAACCACAUUUUUAAAAAUCCACGUGACAAUAGAGAGGGAACAUUGCAAGAUGGAGAGGCUGUGAAGAGGGUCUUUAAGUGGCUUCAGUUUAAGACAGUUGAGUACAUGAAUCUAGAAGGAAAAAAAAUAUAUGAGACAGUUAAAGAAUACAGCAAAAAAGAUCACAGAAAUAUGGACUGUUUUGUUUGCUUCAUUUUCUCCCAUGGUGAAAGAGGCAAAAUAAAAGGUGUUGAUGAUGAGUGCGUAAAUAUCGAAGAUUUAGUCUCCUGCUUCACUGGAACUAAUUGUCCUUCUCUUGCUGGCAAACCCAAGGUGUUUAUCAUCCAGGCUUGCCAAGGCUCUGUGCGUCACCCACCUGUUACAAUAGAACCAGACUCUUCUGGACAUCUUGAGGUGGAUGCUAGUCCUUUGACUUCCAUUCCUGAUAAGGCUGACAUUCUGAUUGGCAUGGCUACAGUGGAGGACUACUUGUCCUUCCGCAGUCAUAAGACUGGCAGUGUUUACAUUCAAUCCCUCUGUGAGAAGAUGGAGUUGCUGUGCCCACAGCGCGUGGAUCUCACAGCCAUCCUAACAGAAGUGAACAAUGAAGUGGCAAGAAGAGAAUUAGAAGGAUCUAAGCAGAUGCCAAAGAUAACAUCAACACUACUGAAGCAAUUGAUCUUUGAAGUUCCACAAUGAAAAGUAGACAAGUAAGAAUACACUAGGUUAGGAAUGACAUCUGGAGUGGGUUUUGAUAGAGAAGAGAAUUUACAUGAGAAAUUAUCUGGAUCUAUGUAGUAGCCCCAGCCCUUUAAGGAGGCAUAGGACCUAAAUUUUAAAACUUCCAUAUUGAAUCAGUUUUCUGACACCUGGAUCUGUAGUGGUCUACUAAGGCUGUGGAAGACUACAGAUCUUUGGAGUUUUUGUCCUGCAGAAGCAGUGGAGUAUGUUCAGUCUGGGUUUCAAGUGCUAAAGGACUUUCAAGUAGUAUUGAAAUUGUUACUGGAAAUGUCAAUGGAGUCUUGUUUGUGUCUGAGUUGUUUCAAGUCCCUAAAAUCUGAAAAAAAACUCGGAAUGCUGGAUGCACUCCCAGGCAACCCUGCCUUACACAGUUGAAUUGUUGUCUGUCUUUGGAAGCUAAAAUUGUUCAUGGAAAAUAUUGUCCUGCUUCAGAAGGACCAAACCCCCAUGAUUAUGUUAGUUUGGUUCUUCUAAAUACUUGGUUUGAUUUAUGUCAAUCGUUUACUUGAAUAAGCAGCUCAACUGUAUAAGUUUUUCAAUUAUAAAGGUUCUCAUUUCGUUAUUUCUCAGAGCUCUCAGAGCACAGUGUGUCUUGAAUGACUGUGGAAUACUGGAAGGAAGCUCUGUAAUCGUGUUUCUGUUAUAAUAAAUUCUCUUGGUUUUUAUAUCACCUCA